CCCACACCCAGGAGCUUAAGGACAGAAACUGUACCCAGAAAGGAAGACGACUGUGGGCCUGGGUUCUCAGUCCUAAGGAGGCGCCCCAGCGUGGACUUUGGCUCUGCUGGAACUUGAUGACACCCGCUGAGCCCCACCCCGUGUCCCAGCCCUUCUUCCCUGAGCCUCUCACACACAGCCCCAGUCCCAGGACUGAGAGCACUGAGGGAGCUGGGACAGAGCUAGGCAUGUGGGGCUACUUGUCCCUGCUGCCUGUCUUCUUGGCCUUCUGGGCUGUCUCUGGCGUCUGGACUGUUUUUGCGCUUGCAGUGGUCAACAAGGCUGUGAACCUCACUGAAGGCUUCCCCUAUAUCAGUCUCUGUGGAUCUUACCCGCCUCAGAGCUGCAUCUUCAGCCAGGUGCUCAACAUGGGAGCUGCUAUGGCCGCCUGGAUCUGCAUUCUCCGUUACCACCAGCUCCGGGACUUGGGGGUCGGAAAGCGGCUUAACCGACUGAUCCUGUGCUCGGGAAUCCUCUGUGCCCUGGGCACCUCCGUAGUGGGGAAUUUCCAGCAAAAGAACCAGCAGCCCACGCACCUGACCGGGGCCUUCUUCGCCUUCUUCGUGGGCAGCCUGUACUUCUGGCUGCAGCUCCUUGUCUCCUGGCGAAUGAGGACCCUGCCCCAGCCUGGGGCCCCCUGGAUCAGGCCGCUCCGCCUGGGCCUCUGCAGCGUCUGCACCAUCCUCAUGGUGGCCAUGGUCGUCCUCCACUCCUGGCCGCUGCGCUCCGCCUCGGCUGCCUGUGAAUGGGCCGUGGCCAUGCUGCUCUUCGCGCUCUUCGGCCUGUUGGCUGUCGACUUUUCUGGACUGGAAGGCUGCACCUUGUGUCUCCAGCCGGGCCCCAGCCUCAGCCCCCCGCCGGCGUCCCCCAUGUCCCUGCAGGUCCAGCUGUCGCAGGCGCUCUGACCCCGGCCUGCCCCUCACGGGUGGAGGAAGAAAGCAGCCA